CACUAUUCUUUCAUCAACCACCAAUGCACCCAUCUUAUAUCCCUCUCACACAUUCAUUCUCUCCACCCACAAAACCAUCUAUCUCUCAAUCCAUCCAUCCAUUCACAACAACUAACACUAGCUACUCACUCACUCUCACACUUCUUCAUUUGCUUCUCUCUCUAGCUAGCUGGCUUACUUCUACUUCUACUUCUGCUUCUUCUUCUUCCAAUUAGUCUCAUCAAUCUGACCAGUUAAUCCAUCAUUAUGAUGAAUCUUAUAUCAUUUGAAACACCUCAUCUUGGAAGGCAAGAGAGCAGCAGCAGCAUCACUGCUGCUGCAACCACUGCCAAGGCGAAGGAUGCAGCAAGCUCGAGCAGUGCAUGCUUCCAGAGCAGCCAUCUUGACCUCAGCCUCGGCAUCUCCUUGUCUCCCGGCAGCGGCGGCGGAGGCGGCGACGCUGGCACCAAGGCGACAGCCAGCUAUGGCGGCAGCGGCGGCGACGCCGGCGGCGGCAUGGGCGGCGGUGGCAUGCUCACUGCGGCUGCAGCUGCUGCAACUGCAAGUGUGCUUAGCGUUGGCCAUGGGAAGCACUGCUGCCAUGGCUGCACUACGGCGAGCAGCGGCAGCUGGACGGCGGCGUUCAUGCCAAGCCCGACCGGCUUCAUGCACCCGUGGAGCCUCGCCGCCCGGCAGCAGAAGGCCGCCGCCGAGCAGGAGCAGAGCAUUGCGAGGCUGCCGUCGGCCACGUACCUGCCAAGGGCUUCCCCGGCCGUCAUGUCGCUGCCGACGGCGGUUGGCUGGCCGCCGGUGCACACAGCCCGGCGCAACCUCGUCGCCACCAUGAACGUCCUGAAACCGGACGCCGAGGCCAUCAAGAGGGACAGAGACCGACCAACAGCGGCGAGGAUGUUCGCCGGCGACGAGACCACGGCGGCGGCGGCGAGGCCAUUGAACAUGUUCGCCAAGGUGCACAUGGAUGGCCACAAGGUCGGCAGGAAGAUCGACCUCAGGGCACAUCGCAACUACGACUCCCUCCGCUGGGUCCUCACCAAGAUGACUCGUAACUUCUUCUGUCCUGCAGAUUAUCCAAGUACAAAUGUGGGAGAAGAAAAUUGCGCUAAAAGUGACGAGUUCAUAUUUCUAUAUGAAGAUUUUGAGGGUGAUCGAAUGCUUGUUGGUGAUGUCCCAUGGGAGUUGUUCCUUGCAUCAGCAAAAAGAUUAUACAUUGCCAAAAACCCAGCACCAAGAAGCAAAGAGCAUGAUGAAAUUGCCAAAAGGCAAGAAACUGAAGAAGCAACAAACAACUGAAGGAACAAGGAAAGCAAGUUGAUCUGUGCAUACCCUACAAUUAAUAUGCACUUUUCAUAAUCUAACAUAUAUAGCUCUCGACUUGUGCUGCUCAUCUUGUAUUAUAAUAAGCUAUUUGCGAAGAUUAGGUUUAUGAUGUUCCAAUGUAUGUUAAAAUGCUUCAUGAUCACUGUGCAUACAAUUUUGUGGGCAUUAGGUAAGAAGUACUCCGAAAAAUGUAUUAGAAAUGGUCUCAGUAUGUCUACACACCAAGUGGAUAAGACUUGUCUAAUAACCACGUUUUGUUU